UAGGACUGGUACUGUCAAAUAUUUGAAAAAGUUUGUACGGUUUAAGUUUUCAAAUGUACUAGCUGGGAUUUUUCUGAUUAGGUCCGACCUGGAAAGAAGUCAUUCUUUAUUGUAGUCUAAGCCGAAAUAGCACAAGUUUAAACUAAGUUAGGCUAGGCCUAGGCUACUCAAGAAAAGUGAUGGAUUUCCUAGCAGGCUGCAUUGGAGGUGCUGCUGGAGUCUUGGUCGGACAUCCAUUUGAUACCGUGAAGGUCAGACUUCAGGUCCAGAGUGCGGAGAAGCCGCUUUACAGAGGGACCAUCCACUGCUUCCAGUCCAUCAUACGCCAGGAGUCGAUGCUGGGGCUGUAUAAGGGCAUUGGGUCGCCAAUGAUGGGCCUGGCGUUCAUCAACGCCAUCGUGUUCGGCGUCCAGGGCAACACCAUGCGCUUCCUGGGUCAGGACACGCCGUUGAACCAGUUCAUGGCAGGCUCGGCAGCAGGAGCCAUCCAGUCUGUGGUCUGCUGCCCCAUGGAGCUGGCCAAGACGCGCAUGCAGAUGCAGGGCACGGGCGAGAAGAAGAAGUCGACGCGGAAACUCUACAAGAACUCGCUGGACUGCCUGGUGCGCAUCUACAAGCGUGAGGGCCUGCUGGGCAUCAAUCGCGGCAUGGUGACCACGCUCAUGCGUGAGACGCCUUGCUUUGGUGUGUACUUCCUGACCUAUGACGUGUUGACGCGCAGGAUGGGCUGCGAGCCCGACGACCCUUACAUCAUCCCCAAACUGCUGUUCGCCGGUGGCACGUCGGGCGUCACCUGUUGGCUCUCCACAUAUCCGGUGGACGUCAUUAAGACACGUUUCCAGGCGGACGGUGUGGGGGGCGUGUAUCGCUACAGCAGCAUCAUGGACUGCGUGCGGAAGAGUGUGGCCAGUGAGGGCUGGAUGGUGUUCACGCGCGGACUCACCUCCACGCUGCUCCGAGCGUUCCCUGUUAACGCCGCCACCUUUGCCACCGUCACACUCGUGCUGAUGUAUGCACGUGGCGAGACCGGUGGGGCCAGUGACUGUGAGUCUGCUCCAGUGGAGACACAGACCGAAACGCAACACAGCAGUUCCCUGCAAACACUCCCAGAUACAGUGCAGACUUAACCAGAGUAAACAAGACACCUGGGUGUAAGACAUGUCCCAAUACUGUAUGCAGCUAAAUCUUAUGUUUUCUGUCUUUUACUGUGUGCCAAAAUGAUGGAUCUGAGCAGUGAUCCAUAGUGUACAUGGGAAUAGAUUUAAUUUCUUCAUUCUUUUUUUGAUUUAAGAACUAAUCUGGUUCUGAUGCACUGGAUAUUGGGCACUGCAGUUUACACACGGGUGCGAUUAAUACAUGUUUUUUUUUUAUUAUUAUCAUUUGAAUAACACACUUUUCAAAACUUCAACUUUUCAUACAGUAUUCAAACACUCCAGUUAUGGCAGAUUUAUGUAGCAUGACAAACAUAUUUUCUAUGUAAGCCUUGCAACAUCCAGGGAUUUUAUUUUGUUAAAAAAAAGCAACAACAAAAAACAUAAAUUUUUAUUUAUGUAGGAGUUGUAUUUAUGUUUGACAUUUUGUUUUAUUUCUGUUUUUAGAGUCCAAACUACCUCUUCUAAAGAAAUGGCAUGUUACAGUAAAUUAUAGAUAAACAUGAAAUUAUGGUGUUCCUUUGGAAAAUACAUUAUUAUUAUUAGAAUUAUACUAUUAUUAUAAAGAAGAUUACGACAAGAACAAGGCUAUAAUAUUACAAAAAGCAAAAGAUCGUGGUCAAUGCCUGUCAGACAUGUUACUUGUGCCUGUAGUUUAGAUGAGUUGACUUAGAUCUACGGAGCUCUAUACUGCAUGUACGCUCCCGUUUGGAUGAGAUGAGUCAGUUUCCCCCACCGCUGUAUAUGCUGCAAUUUCAUGAGCCCUGGGAAAGGUCCAAAGAUGUCUGCGGGAAAGAGGAAUUAGGCUGAUGAGAAUGGACUUACUGUAAUGAAUGUAAAAUGGAGAGAAUUUAAACUGGAGGAGUUUAGAACGCACAAUUGCCCCAAUAAUUUUGGGUGGAGAAAUAAAAACUACAUUGAAAAGAAGAUACUGUAGGUGAAACUGCUGACCGAUGAUGAUGACAACGAUAAUGAUGAAAAUGCUGAUGGUCAGGCUGUCUAAACUUUGAUCAAGGACAUGGUCUAGCAAAAAUGGUUUAAAUUGGAAAGACACACAUGAGAGUGAAGCAUAGAGCCUGUGAAUAAGGAAUGUCCAUAUUUUGUUUUUAAAAUAAUGUAAAUAUCGUAUUUCAAGUUUCAUGUUAAUGUAUUGAACUCUGUUACAGUAUACAGUACAUUUUGGUUUUAAAUUAACUGCCGUUGGUUGAUUGUUGGUUUUGAACUAACCACUGUUACUUUGUUGUUCUGGAUGUCACUAAAGGGUAAGCAGAUGUUGAGAGAACUAGAGCUGGAACUGGAAACUAUUUUUGUAAAGCAUUCAUAAAGAUAUACUGGGUUAUUACGUGUAGUCAGCAUUAUAGCUAUAUUAAGUAUAUGUUGCUGAACCAAAUUGUUUUUGCCUAACUGAAGUGACAUUCAAUUUGGAAAUAAAUAAAUAAGCUUUGAGCUUU